AAAACUAAGCCAGGAGCUGUAAUGUACACCUGUGUUUCCAAAAAUGUAAGAGUUUUACCAUCACAAAAUCUGAUUCAUGAGGUUUAUGAGCUGACAUCAACACUAUGGGAUUUUCCAUGCUGCACUGUAUUUAAUAGCUUUUGAUUACUAGUCAUUAGUCAGUGUUGUAUGUACAUAUGUGACACAGACAUGGCACGGCAGCAGGGUGUGUCUUUUUUUGAAUCACAAAGAAAAUCAAAUGUUCCACUUGCUGACACCAAUGCCCUCGAUUCGUUCACUGUAAAAAUAAAUGUGGCAUCAUGUGGUUGCAGGUGUGCCGUCCUAGACAGAGAUUGGUUUUUUUCCCCCCUCAGGAUGCUAUAAACAAACACGUGAGGGCGUUGCUAGUACUUUUCCCACUCUGUCACGUCAACUUUUGUUUUUAGUUUGCUUCAUCUCUCCAAUGAGGGAAUUUAAAGUUAAGUUGUUUAGAGGAAACAGCAGUAGCCUUUGACUGACUUGACAAGAUUAACCUGUGGUGGAAUUAAACAAAGUACAUUUACUCAAGUACUGUACUUACUGCUCUCCUAAGUAAGCCACCCCAUACAAACAUAAUGGCUGACCCAUGGCAAAAUGCAUAUGACUUUGCUGUUCAAGUGGCAAGAGCUGCUGGAGCGGUAAUUAGGAAUGCCGGGGAGGAUGAAAUAAAGGUCCGGACAAAAAGCUGCACUGUAGACCUUGUCACUCAGACUGAUGAGAGGGUGGAGAAAAUCAUCAUCGGGUCUCUUAAAGAACAAUUUGGAAAUGGCACACACUGUUUCAUUGGAGAAGAGUCAGUCGCAAAGGGGGAGCCAUGUAUCUUAACUGACAAACCUACAUGGAUCAUAGACCCUGUGGACGGCACCACCAACUUCGUGCAUGGAUUUCCGUUCGUGGCUGUGUCUAUUGCCUUUGCUGUCAAUAAGGAGUUGGAGUUUGGUGUGGUGUACAGCUGCUUGGAAGACAAGAUGUAUAAAGCAAGGAAGGGGAAGGGAGCUUUCUGCAAUGAUGAACCGAUUAAGGUGUCCAAUGUAAACGACAUCAAUAAGUCCAUAAUCAUAUCUGAGCAUGGAACUGACAGGAGCAUAGAAAAGGUAACCAAGAUCUUCUCAACCAUGCAGAAGAUCCUCCGCAUCCCAGUGCAUGGGCUCCGUGGGUCAGGGACAGCUGCAACUAACAUGUGUCUGGUGGCGUCGGGGGCGUCGGAGGCCUUCUUUGAGAUUGGGAUCCAUUGCUGGGACAUUGCUGCUGGAGCGGUUAUAGUCAAAGAAGCCGGCGGACUAGUACUGGAUGUUGAUGGGGGGCCGUUUGAUUUGAUGUCUCGAAGGAUGGUUUCAGCAAACAACAAGGUUAUUGCUGAUCGGAUCAUCAAGGAAAUUGAAAUAUUCCAAGUGGUGAGGGACGACGCUCCAAUACAGAAGAAAUGACAAUAUCCAAAUGUGUGUGUUUUUUUUUUAAAUGAGUACAAGAGGAGUCUAGUCCAGCCAAUUGCUGUAUUUCAAAAUAAAAAGUUACUGUGCUGUAAUCACUACUGAUUGUCUUUGAAUUUGCAUACUGGGUGGGUUUCAUCGGCUGCACUUUUUUAACCAAAGGAAAUCAUUUCAAUUCAGUCACCAAUUUCAGCGA